AUUUUUAGAAAAAGAAAACAUUUUCAAUUUUGAUAUUUGACUUUGUGCUUAGUGUCAAGUUGUUAUUUCUUAAACAUUAUAAUGUCUGAAUGGUUAUUAGUCAAUAUAUUUGAUUUCUAUUGUAUUUCAAGAGAAGAGUUCCAUUCAAGUCCUUUCACAUGGUUUGAUUUUUGAAAUAUCAGAGAUAUAGCUUUUGUUGUAUAUUUUGCAGCCUAGUCCACAUCAGUCUGAAGCUAUUCUGAAAGAGAUUUCAUUGCUUAGGCUAGAAGCAUUUCAUUUAUGCAUGAUUCCCAACUGAGACCAAAUAGUUUAUUAUGGUGGUGUUUUUGAGAGAGACGAAUUCAAGAAUUUUGCUGUUUCUGCUGUUUGUCUCCCUCCAAAUUUGUAACAUAGCAGCUGUAACUAAUACUGCUGAUUCUAGUGCUUUGAAUGCUCUCAAGGACAUCUGGCAAAACACUCCACCUAGUUGGAAAGGUGCAGACCCUUGUGGAGACAAAUGGGAAGGCAUAGAAUGCACCAAUUUACGUGUGACUUCCAUAACAUUGUCAAGCAUAGGAAUUACAGGGCAGCUAUCUGGAGAUAUCUCAAACUUACAGGAGUUGCAGAUUCUGGAUCUAUCGUAUAACAAAGGUCUGGAAGGCACUCUUCCAGAAUCAAUUGGGAAUCUGAAGAAGCUAACCAACUUAAUCCUGGUUGGUUGUGGUUUCUCUGGUCCUAUCCCUAAUUCAAUAGGAUCACUGCAGCAGCUGGUCUUUCUAUCUCUAAAUUCUAAUGGCUUCAGUGGAGGAAUCCCACCUUCAAUUGGCAAUUUAGCUAAACUUUAUUGGUUGGAUCUAGCUGACAAUAAGCUUGAAGGGCGCAUCCCAGUCUCCACAGGGACUACACCUGGCCUUAAUAUGCUAGUUAAUACAAAACACUUUCAUUUUGGAAAGAAUCGGCUUGGAGGCACAAUCCCACCUGAACUUUUCAGAUCAGACAUGACCCUCCUACAUGUGCUUUUUGAGAGCAACAACUUCACUGGUAGCAUCCCUUCUACCCUUGGCCUUGUGCAGAGUCUGGAGAUUGUACGCUUUGAUAGGAAUUCCCUUACUGGACCUGUUCCUUCAAACCUCAACAAUCUUACCGGUGUCAGCGAGUUGUUCUUGUCCAACAAUCAAUUGACUGGAUCUUUUCCUAACCUUACAGGGAUGAACAGUCUCAGUUACUUGGACAUGAGCAAUAAUAGCUUUGAUGCAUCAGAUUUUCCUUCCUGGAUGUCAACCUUACAGUCUUUAACAACAUUGAUGAUGGAGAACACACAACUUCAAGGACAAAUUCCAGCUGAAUUCUUCAGCCUCUCUCAUUUAACUACUGUGGUGCUAAGGGACAACAAACUAAACGGUACAUUAGAUGUUGGAACAACUCACGGGGACCAACUUCUCAUUGAUAUGCGAAACAAUGAAAUUUCUGGCUAUACACAACAUGGAACAGGACAAACUCCAGUCACAAUACUCUUGAACAAUCCUAUCUGCCAAGAAACAGGAGUAAAGGAAGCUUACUGCUCUGUUCCCCCAUCAGAUUCUCCAUAUGUGACCCCACCAAAUAAUUGUGAACCUGUUCAGUGCAAUUCAAAUCAAAGUUCCAGUCCCAACUGCAACUGUGCUUAUCCAUACAAAGGACUGCUAGUUUUCAGAGCUCCUUCAUUCUCAGACUUGGAAAACACAACCCUCUUCAUAUCUCUUGAGCAGGCUUUAAUGAAUUCUUUUAGGUCCAAUGAAGUUCCUGUGGAUUCAGUUUCUCUAAGUAAUCCAAGAAAGGAUUCAUCUGACUAUCUUGAUUUCGACCUAGAAGUCUUUCCAACUGGGAAAGAUCAUUUCAGUCGAAUAGAUAUUUCUGGGCUUGGGUUUGUGCUGAGCAACCAGACUUUCAAGCCUCCAAAAGUCUUUGGACCUUUCUACUUCAUCGCAGAUCCUUAUAAGUUCUUUGCUGGAGAAUCCACAGAAUCAAACAACUCAUCAAACACUGGCAUUAUCAUCGGAGCUGCUGCUGGUGGAGUUGUUCUUGUGUUACUAUUGCUCCUCGCGGGGCUUUAUGCUUACCGCCAAAAGAAGAGAGCACAAAGGGCAAAAGAACAGAACAAUCCUUUUGCACACUGGGAUUCAAGUAAGAGCCAUGGUGCUGAUGUUCCUCAACUAAAAGGAGCCAGAUGCUUUUCUUUUGAAGAGCUUAAGAAAUACACCAAUAAUUUCUCAGAUGCCAAUGAUAUUGGAUCUGGGGGUUAUGGAAAGGUGUAUAGAGGAAUCCUUCCCAAUGGUCAACUGGUUGCCAUCAAACGAGCACAACAAGGAUCAUUGCAGGGUGGACUAGAAUUCAAGACUGAGAUUGAACUUCUAUCCAGAGUCCAUCACAAAAAUCUCGUAAGCCUUUUAGGGUUUUGCUUUGAACGAGGAGAACAAAUGCUUGUGUAUGAGUUUGUCGCAAAUGGUAGUCUCAGUGAUAGUCUGUCAGGGAAGUCGGGAAUCAGGCUGGACUGGGUUAGGAGACUUAAAGUGGCCCUUGGGUCUGCGAGAGGCCUGGCAUACAUGCAUGAGCUUGCUAACCCUCCCAUUAUUCAUAGGGAUGUAAAGUCAACCAACAUACUUCUGGAUGAACGCUUAAAUGCAAAAGUUGCUGAUUUUGGUCUCUCCAAGCCCAUGAGUGACAGCGAAAAGGGUCAUGUUACCACUCAAGUUAAGGGGACGAUGGGCUAUUUGGAUCCGGAAUAUUACAUGACUCAGCAGUUAACUGAGAAGAGUGAUGUUUACAGCUUCGGAGUGGUGAUGCUGGAGCUACUAACUGGAAAAAGGCCAAUAGAGCGUGGGAAAUACAUCGUGAGAGAGGUAAAGCUGGCGAUGGAUAGAACAAAAGAUUUAUAUAACCUCCACGAACUUCUGGACCCAGGCAUUGGUUUGGAAACAACAUUAAAAGGUCUGGAUAAGUUUGUGGAUCUGGCAAUGAAAUGCGUGCAAGAGUUGGGAGCUGACAGGCCUACAAUGGGUGAUGUGGUGAAAGAAAUAGAGAAUAUCUUGAAGCUCGCAGGUGUAAAUCCCAAUGCUGAAUCAGCAUCAACUUCAGCAAGUUACGAGGAAGCAAGCAAGGGAAGCCCCCACCACCCUUACAACAAAGACGCCUUUGAGUAUAGUGGGGCCUUUCCACCUUCCAAGAUAGACCCACAAUGAGCAUUUUUGCUUUCUUUAAUUUUGCAAUUGCUAGCAGAUUUAUGUUGUUGUGAUUUGUUCGAACAUUGUAUUGAAUCCGAAACUGUAAAUUAAAACUUGAAUUCUUUGCUUGUGAAUAUUUAGCAGAAGUGUUUGUACCUGAGUUUGAUAGACAAUUUGUAUGUUAUCAAUCAAGAGAGUUGAGCAGUGUUGUUGAAAUUA